UUUGGCGAUCCCCUCGUACAGUACACAGUAGCAAUGUAACUGCUUACUUAUCGAUCGUCGUUCGUCGAUCGUCCAGUCUGCUUGACCAUCACGUAACAAUCGUGAUCUGUCAGUGGACGAUGAUCAGCAUUUCUUUAUCUGCGACGAGCACAAAAGAACAGAUUACUUGCAAAAAUCCUUAAGUUAUACGAUCCUGUGCCUGAUAAUAAUUUCUAAAGACUAGUGCUAGUGUUUAUAUACCUAAAUUACCUAAAAUUAUUUUUUAUAAAUACUAGGAUAAAAAAGGUUACAGCUACAACUAGGAACUAAGAAGAAAUUAUCUACAUCUAUCGCUUAUUAUACUACGCUAAACCUACAAUUUACCACAUCGGUGAGAAUCAAACAUUAAACCUAUUAUACAAUUCCUUAUACAUACAAUUUACAAACUUACAAUAUAGGGCAAAUUAGGAAUAUUGACAUAACCUUGAAUUAUUAUGUGGAAGAGAAGUUGAAUUACUAAAAGUAAGUGAAUUGGAUUCUAAAUUAUGUAUUUAAAAUAAUUAUUGUAUCCAUCAUUCCUGUAGGAAUUUAUAACUCGAUGUACUCUCAGUAAUAAAGUUCAUGAAUUCGGUUAAUUCUGGCGACGCCCGCGACUAUUCUUCCAACAUUUCAUAAAUUCUUUUAACCGAGCCGAGAGAUGUCGUCGAAGCAUUCCAAAGCCGAAACCGCGAAAAAGGCGAGUAAAACGGUCACGAUGAGCAAUCAGCAAGUCGCAGAGCCCGCGACGAACGCUACAUCCUGUUCAACAAAUACCGUUGCUGUUCCCUCUACUAGCGGCCAGGUAACAGUAGUUAGUAUCGAUCAGGCCGGGACUGGAGUAGCCCCUGAGAAGCGUAUGGCUGGAGAAAGGCGAACCGAUAAAUCUAGUGGCGCCACCCGCGCAGCGGUCAUUCAGGAGUCAGACUGUCCCUUGUGUGAUGAGCCAAAUGAUAUGGAAAUGGUCCAAUGUGAUACUUGCCAGAGGUGGUUUCAUUUUCGGUGCGUGAAGGUAACGCAGGACAUUCAAAAUGUGAGCUGGAGCUGCACCGACUGUCCUACUGUGAGUAAUCAACAACGUACGACUACCCCCGUACCUACUCAAAACCAAACAUUGCCUACUCAGUCGCAGACGGCGAAGAGCGUUGUAAAGAGUAUACAAAGUGAGGCAAGGAGGAGAUUGAAGCUGCAGUUGCUGAAAAUCGAAGAAGAGAAAAAACUUGAACAGAAGUACCUGAAGAAGAAAUACGACAUGCUUCUUGAGUACGGAAGUGAUACUUCAACGGAGAUAAGUGUCAACGAGGCGGAGAAAAUAUCUAAAAUCGAGGAAUGGGUGGCCGAUACUGAGCGUUGCGAUAACCAAGCGAACACCGGAUUAGAGCCUGAAGAGAUGGAAGAACUUUUGCCAAUCCAACUGGCUGGACCUACAGAGCAAACUGCUCCGAAUCUUGAACAAGGCACCGUGCAACCCACAAAUCCACAACAUCCAGUAUCUUCGGAUGUUCCUGGUAUUCAUCGUGUUAACCCUCCUUCGCUAAUCGACCCUCGCAUGUUCGUUCCAGGACAAAGAUCAACACCGAUGCGUCCGAGUCAGCAAGUAUCGAUGCCGCCGUCUGCGCCGCAUGUUGCAAAUGAAACUGUAUGCAUUCUAAACAGGAGUCAGCUAGCCGCACGACAAGCGGUUUCGAAAGAUCUCCCGGAAUUCAGUGGCAACCCCGAAGAUUGGCCACUCUUCUUCUCGAACUUCAGUAACUCCACCCAGAUGUGCGGGUUCUCCAACGAAGAAAAUAUGUUGCGGCUCCGAAAGUGCCUCAAAGGGAGAGCUCUAGAAGCAGUCAAGUGCCGCUUGCUUCAUCCGUUUAACGUCGCAGGAGUUAUGUCAACAUUGAAAAUGUUAUAUGGCAGGCCGGAAGCGAUUAUACAAGCAAUUGUAAAAAAUGUUCGAUCGUUACCAUCGCCAAACAUCGAUAGGCUAGAGACCGUCGUCAACUUCGCGCUCACCGUGGAGAACUUGGUCGCAACAAUCCAAGCAUGUGAAGUACACGAUUUCGUCUAUAAUGCUUCUUUACGAUACGAACUGGUGGAACGGUUACCUUCGACGUUGAAGCUUGAUUGGGCCAAACACUCUAGGGAUAAGCUCAAUCCAAAUUUGCUCGACUUCAGCUCGUGGCUGUAUUCAACAGCAGAGGAUGCCAGUGCGGUAAUGGCUACGAUAAAUAACGACCCAAAGCCUCGUUCCAUUAAGAAGGAUGGAUUUUUGAAUAUACAUUCAGAAACCGAGUCGGGAAAUAACAGAUCGUACAUGUCACCAUCUAAAGUGAAACCAACUUCUUUCAGUGGGUUGGAGAAGCAUUGUCCCAUAUGUAAGGGCGGGUGCCAGAGCGUUCCAAAGUGCAAACGAUUUGCCGAGUUCAGUUAUGACUCGAGAUGGGCUGCAGUGCGAGAGUGUAAACUCUGCCGAAAGUGCUUACGGAAGCACAACGGAUCAUGCAGGCAACAGAAGCCAUGCGGAAUAAGUGGUUGUACUUAUUUACACCACCCUCUUCUCCACAGUGAGAAACAACAGAGCAAUAGUUCGUCAAAUGGAUCAAUCACUGCUACGCUAUCAGAAGGGACAUCUCAGCAGAGUUGUAACAUUCACCAAGGUCAAUCGAAAGUUUUGUUCCGAAUACUCCCAGUUCGUCUCUAUGGACCCUCGAAAACAGUGCAAGCCUUCGCGUUUAUCGAUGAUGGUUCGGAACUCUCGUUAAUGGAUCAAAGCUUGGCUGAAGAGUUAGGUCUGAAAGGCCCCAGGAAAUCUUUAUGCCUGAAAUGGACAGGAGAGACGCAGCGUUUAGAAAAAUCGUCACAAAUUGUAAGUCUGCAAAUUUCAAGUUGCUUCAGUCAGGCAAAAAGGUACGAACUUUGUUCCGUACAUACCGUACAAAGUCUACAAAUAAGACCGCAAACACUACUCUAUUCUGAGAUUCAGAAAAAGUACCAACAUCUUGUCGGGCUUCCCAUUCAAUCGUACGAGAACGCCUGUCCUCGUAUAUUGAUAGGUCUUGAUAAUCUCAAUCUCGGACAUCCACUGAAGUGUAAAGAAGGACAAUCACAAGAACCAAUAGGCGUCAAGACGCGUCUUGGGUGGACCGUCUAUGGAAGCUGCGUGUCAGAAGAUGCUGCUGAACAUUCCGUUAACUACCACUCCUUGCAGAUUUGUCAAUGCAACCAAUACAAUGAUGAGGAUCUCCAUAGAACAGUUAAAAGCUUCUUUUCGUUAGAGAGCAUUGGAAUUACAAAGCCCGAAAGACCCUUACAGUCUCAGGACGACCAGCGUGCCCUGAUGCUUCUGGAAUCGCUAACAAUAUUUCGAGAUGGAAGGUAUGAAACGGGACUUCUGUUUAAGUACGACAAUGUGCGUCUGCCGAACAACAAAGAGAUGGCGCUGAAGAGGUGGCAGUGUUUGGAUCGGAGGAUGAAGCACGAUCGAGCAUUAGCUGAAGCAGUGAACGCGAAAAUCGAAGACCACAUCGAGAAGGGUUACAUACGCAAGCUAACUGUUCGGAUUACGGAAAGAAAUUCUUUGGAUCAACUUCGCUGUUAG